AUGCAGCAUUACGGGGUGAAUGGAUACUCGCUCCACGCCAUGAACUCCCUCAGUGCCAUGUACAACCUGCACCAGCAGGCGGCGCAAGCCCAGCACAGCGCUGACUACAGGCCCAGUGUGCACGCGCUCACGCUGGCAGAGAGGCUUGCUGACAUCAUCCUGGAGGCUCGGUACGGGUCACAGCAUCGCAAACAGCGCCGCAGUCGGACGGCCUUCACCGCACAGCAGCUGGAGGCUCUGGAGAAGACCUUUCAGAAGACUCACUACCCCGACGUGGUGAUGAGGGAGCGGCUGGCCAUGUGCACCAACCUGCCCGAGGCGCGUGUACAGGUGUGGUUUAAAAACCGGAGGGCCAAGUUCCGUAAGAAGCAGCGCAGCCUGCAGAAGGAGCAGCUGCAGAAGCAGAAAGAGGCUUGUGGAGAGGGGGGAGACAAAGAGGAGGUGUCUGAGUCCCAGCCCCCUCCCUCCUCCUCUGGGUCCCCUCUGGAGGACAGUCCCGCUGAACACACCCCUCUGGACCCAGAGCUCAACGUUACCUCCGAGGAGCAGUCCGGCAGUGAGUCUGCUGCAGAGGACAACGGCACGGACAGAGACGAUGAGAGACAGCACCCUGAGGACAUCAAGUCAGACAGCGCCACCAGCCCCGCCCACCUGUCCUCGCUAAUGUCCCCAAGACUAUCCACAGACAUGUCCACUGGACUGUCCUCAGGCUGCAAGGCACUCAGCCCCAAACCAGACUCUUCUCCUGUGUCUCCAUCAGUGACCCCCUCAUCCUCCAGCAGUCUGCCCAGCAGUGGGCCUCUGUCCCAGAGUCACUCCUACUCGUCCUCUCCCCUCAGUCUGUUCCGCCUGCAGGAGCAGUUCAGGCAGCACAUGGCAGCAACCAACAACCUGGUACCGUACCCAGCCUUUGAGCUGGCCCCCUCCUCGCUGCCCUACCUGGGCAUGAACAUGCCCCCUGCUCCCCUGGGCUCUCUGCCCUGCCAGUCCUACUACCAGUCCCUGUCCCAGCAUGCGCAGCAGGUGUGGAGCAGCCCCCUGCUACAGGCCAGCAGCCACAGCAAGAACAGCAGCAUCGAGAGCCUGAGGCUGAGGGCCAAGCAGCACGCCGCCUCCCUGGGUCUGGACACUCUGUCUAACUGAAACUAGCCUGUGCUACACUGACAGUGUGUGUGAGUGUGUGUAUGUGAGGGAGAUUAUGGACAGACAUGAGGCUCAAACUAAAGGCACAGUGUCCAUGAGAAACGAGUGCACCCACAAUGUGCACUUUUUCAUUCACACUUGUUUCACACAAGCACAGUAUUAUCAGUCACCUGACCUCUGUGUCUCCAUCAACUGAAGCACAAACUGAAGGAGCAUAAUACAUUCUCUAGAAACUAAACAAGCACACGAGGACAUCAGAACACUAAAUUGUUUUAGUGUGUGACUAAGGCCGUAAUCCACAUUUUUAGGGAUCGAUGCCCUGCUCUUGUUCUAAUGGAAGGUGCAUAUCCUGACCCUCAUGAACAUGGACACCGGGACACUGACACACAUGGACCUGCAGAACACAGCCAAGCCCUCAGGCGUGUGAUGGCAAAAGGAAGGAGCUGCAUGUUUACAGGAGCAAUGUGAAUGAACCAUAUGAGAGCGCACUUUUGGUGGAGCCAUGGAGACCUCUAUCAAACAUUUGUGCAAACGAGCAAAACGACCACAGCCUGUUGUCGUCGUCAGCACAAUUAAACAUGACUAAUUUAGCCGUUUAAUGGCUGCUAAUAUGGCACUUUGCACAGAGGCUGGCUCCGUAAUGAGAAAAUGAUUUCAGUGACUACAUACGCUGAGCUUUUAAUUACAUUUUGCCCUGGGCUGAGGGAAACAGGGCACAUGCAAUUAUGAACACGCAGCAUUUUACUAUUCAAAAACAGCCAAUUAAUGUCGCCCCAUGUAGAGUCACCGC